AUGAAUCUCAAAACCCUAGCUCACCACCUUCCACUUCCUAGUUUCCAAACCCUCAACAAAAAAAUCGAUCGAAAAAUUAUUUUGCGGAAGACUAGUUACCGAAAUUUGAAUCCCAAAAGCAACAGGUUAAUAACGAAUUGCAUUGGUCCAAUCCGUGAAUUAGAGAAUGCUCAAAGCAUUUCUCAAGUCACAGACGAAGAGGAAGAAGAAAUAGUAGAGAAAAUGCCAUCUAUUGAAGAGUCUGCUGGAACUGAAAUACAGGAGUUUUCAGAGAAUGAGAGCAUAUGGAGUCAAAUGGUGGAGAUUGUAAAGUUCUCUGGACCGGCAGUUGGGCUUUGGAUUUGCGGGCCGAUGAUGAGUCUAAUUGACACUGCUGUUAUUGGCCAAGGCAGCUCCGUUGAGCUUGCAGCUUUAGGGCCAGGAACAGUGUUUUGCGAUAAUGCAAGUUAUGUUUUCAUGUUCUUAUCGAUUGCUACUUCAAAUAUGGUAGCUACAUCUCUUGCUAGACAGGAUAAAAAUGAGGUGCAGCAUCAGAUUUCUAUCUUCUUGUUCAUUGGAUUGGCUGGUGGUUUUCUGAUGCUUUUCUUCACUAGAUUUUAUGGCCCCUCAGCACUAACUGCUUUUGCCGGGAGAAAUAAUGCAGAGAUCAUAGCUGCAGCGAAUACAUAUGUUCAGAUUCGAGGCUUAGCAUGGCCAGCAGUGCUGAUUGGAUGGGUUGCUCAAAGUGCCAGCUUAGGGAUGAAAGAUUCGUGGGGGCCUUUAAAGGCUUUGGCCGUGGCAAGUGCUAUUAAUGGCAUUGGUGACAUAAUCUUAUGCAGAUUCUUAGGAUAUGGUAUUGCUGGAGCGGCAUGGGCAACAAUGGUGUCACAGGUUGUUGCGGGUUACGUGAUGAUUAAAGCUCUAAACAAGAAAGGAUAUAAUGGUUUUGCCAUCUCUAUUCCAUCACCCGAGGAACUCCUUCAGAUAUUUAUGCUUGCAGCUCCAGUGUUUGUUACAAUGAUGUCAAAGGUAGCAUUUUACUCUCUACUCGUCUAUUUCGCUACAUCAAUGGGCACACGAACUGUUGCAGCUCAUCAGGUCAUGAUACAAUUGUAUUGCAUGUGUACUGUAUGGGGUGAGCCUCUCUCUCAAACAGCUCAGUCAUUUAUGCCUGAACUGAUAUAUGGAGCUAAUCGGAGUUUAGCAAAGGCUCGAACAUUAUUGAAGUCCCUGGUCAUCAUUGGUGCAUUAUGCGGACUGAUAUUGGGAUCUAUCGGAGCAUCAGUUCCAUGGCUAUUCCCUAAACUUUUUUCUUCCGAUCCUGAGGUCGUACAGGAGAUGCACAAGGUGUUGAUCCCAUACUUCCUUGCACUCUGUGUCACGCCUAGUACUCAUAGCCUUGAAGGCACAUUGUUGGCUGGACGAGACUUAAAAUUCAUUAGUAUGUCAAUGAGCACGAUCUUUUGUUUGGGCACUCUUCUACUUCUACUGUUGAGAAGAAGCGGUUAUGGUUUAACUGGGUGUUGGUUUGUACUCGUUGCAUUUCAAUGGGCCCGGUUUUCUAUUGCACUACAUCGCCUCACAUUACCAAACGGGAUUCUCUAUUCUGAAGACACCACUCGUUAUCAAGUCGGGAAGCUGAAAACUGUAUAG